AUGAAAUACCUUAAGGGCCUCCUGCUGCCCGCCCUGCUGGCACUAGCAUCCACCGCCGCCGCCAAGAAAAAUGAGCCACUCGUUAAGACGACAGCAUUCAAGAAUGACCUCGUCAACCUCCUGUACUUUGACGAUUCCGGCGUCGCCUUACUACAAGAACUCGAAACGGGAAGCAUCUGGCGGUCACACGAUGCUGGCAAGGGCUGGAAGCAAAUAAAUGACUUGCACGGGUUGGGCAUAAUCAAGAGUCCAUAUGACAACAAGGUCGCGCUGGUCUUGGGCGAGAAGAAGCAUUGGGUCACGUACGACCAAGGAGAGAAUUGGGACAGCUUCGAGACGGAGCUCCCGCCUUCACCACAAGUACCUGUGAACUGGCACGCGCAGGACAGCAAAAAGAUCUUGAUUCAUGAGAUUGAGAACUGCUUUACUGCGCCGUGCCUUGGACGGACCUACUAUACGACCGAUGGCUUCAAGUCAAAACCCCAGAUCCUCAUCGACGACCGCAGAAUGUGCCAGUGGGCCAAGGGCGCCGAACGCUUCCUUGAAGGCCGGGACAAGCACAAUGACCGUAUACUGUGUAUCACGAGAGGAAAAUAUUCGGACAGGUCAAAGGACUUUAGGCUCCUGGUCUCCGACAAUUACUUCAAGGAUGAAGAAGAGCCCGUCAUGUCGUCCGGACGCACCGUCCAAGGCAUGGCCAACAUGGCUGCUGUCAAAGGCUACAUUGUUGCCGCCGCCAAAGCUGACCAUUCCAAUGAACUCGCCCUCUACGUAACCCAAGAUACCGAAACAUGGCACCAUGCUCAGUUUGGUGACCACAAGAUUGAGGAAGACGCAUACACCAUUCUCGAAUCGACCAACUACAGCAUACAGGUCGAUGUCAUGACUUCCAAGUACGUGGACAUGGGCAAUCUCUACACGAGUAACUCGAACGGAACCCACUUCACCAAGAAUAUGGAACACACGAAUCGCAACGAGGGCGGCUACGUCGAUUUCGAGAAGAUCGCCAACAUCCAAGGCGUGGUUCUGGUGAACAUUGUCGACAACUGGAAAGAGGUAGAACGAUCAGGCCAGGGCAAGAAGUUGAAGUCGCGCAUCAGUUUUGAUGACGGCAGAUCUUUCGAAAAACUCACAGUCAAGGGCAAGAAGGACACUGAGUUGCACCUGCAUUCUGUGACCGACCUGCACAACAGCGGAAGGGUCUUUUCGAGCCCAGCACCAGGCAUUGUCAUGGGCGUCGGAAACACCGGAGACUACCUAGGCAAGUACAGUGACGGCGAUCUUUACGUGUCCGACGACGCAGGCCUUACAUGGGAACUGGCACUUGAAGAGGCGCACAAGUAUGAAAUCGGCGACCAGGGCUCCGUCCUGGUAGCUGUGUUUGAUGAGGGCGACACCGACGAGGUUAGGUACUCAUUCAAGCACGGACGCAAGGAUACCUGGCAGAAGAUCAAGCUUGACUACAAGAUCCGCGCACGCGAGCUCACGACCCUACCUGACUCGACGAGCUUGAAGUUUAUGCUGUAUGCAUCCAAGAAGAAGGAUGGCGGUGGUCGAGAACAUGUUAUCAUCCACCUGGACUUCACUGACAUGCUGAAGAAGUGCGGCGACAGCGACUUUGAUGACGAAUGGUCUGUGCGUAAAGACGCAGACGGCGACCCGAGCUGCGUCAUGGGUCACAAGCAGCUGUUCCGCAGGCGAAAGUGGGAUGCUGAAUGCUUUGUUGGCGAGGUUUUCAAAGACCCGACACCAAACUUCAAGCCGUGCGACUGCGACGAGUUCAGAGACUACGAAUGUGAUUUUGGUUUCAAACCCACUGGAGAGGGCAAGGACAAGAAGUGUGAACCUGACGACUCCUUCAAAUUACCCAAGGGCGCCUGUGAGGGCGACGCAAAGACGUACAAAGGCAGCUCUGGCUGGAGGAAGAUACCCGGAGAUCAAUGCAAGGGCGAAACCGAACGAGACAAGGAAGUCGAGCGCAAAUGCGGAGAUGCAGAGAGGCCGCCGCCAAAAAGCGACAAGAUUACCAGCGAGAUCACUAGGUUCAAGGGAGGCGAAUUCUUGGAACAGUACUACCUCGAGGGCAACACCCAGAGCGACGACAGCAAAGACGAAACAGUUGUGAUGCUGACCGAUGAGCGCACGGCCUAUAUCACUCACGACCAUGGAAAGAAGUGGAAGAAGGCUGUUGAUGAUGAGGUUGUUCGGAUUUAUCCUCACCAAUAUGAUAACAACAGGGUUUACUUCUUAACCGCCGGCAAGAAGUUCUACUACUCCACUGAUCGCGGACGUCGUGAUAGUAUCCGCUCUCACGAAGCACCCGUUAUGCCCAAUAAGGAAAGGCUCUCGAUCAUGCAGUUCCAUCCAAAGCAGGAGAGCUGGAUCAUUUGGAUGGGUGGAAAGCACUGCGAUAAGGCUGGCGAUAAAGACUGUCAUACAGUAGCCUAUGUCUCGCAGAAGAACGGUGAAGACGAAAGCUGGGAGUCGCUUGUGCCCUAUGUCAAGAAGUGCGCAUUUGUCUGGCGCGAAGCUGGUCGAAGCGUCAAGGAGGAGCAGAUCUUCUGCGAACAACACACGAACGAGGAGAUGGAUGCUCCGCUUGAGCUUAUCUCCAGCGAGGAUUGGUUCAAGAAGAAGGAUGUCAAGUUCAAGUCUGUCGUGGAAUUUGCGACCAUGUCCGAGUUCAUCGUUGUCGCGACCAAAGCUGAUGACGGGACUCUCCACUUGGACGCCAGUCUCGACGCCAACACCUUCGCCGAGGCCAAGUUCCCUCCCAAGUUCUUCGACGUCCACCAGACGGCCUAUACUGUUCUAGACAGCUCCACACAUGCGGUCUUCCUUCAUGUCACAGUCAAUCCAACGCGGGAUCAGGAGUAUGGUUCUAUCAUCAAGAGCAACAGCAACGGUACAUCUUACGUUAUGAGCCUGGCCGCUGUGAACCGAAACACAGAAGGCUAUGUCGAUUUUGAGAAGAUGCAGGGACUUGAGGGAGUCGCUGUCGCCAACGUCAUCGUCAAUGUCGAUGAGGUCAACAAAGGAUCCAAGAAGAAGAAGCAAAGUCGCAUCACACACAACGACGGCGCUGAUUGGGAGCCUCUCCAAGCGCCUGAGAAGGACGCGGACGGCAAGGCAUACGGCUGUGAUGUUUCGAACAAGAACAAGUGCGGUCUGCACAUUCACGGAUACACAGAACGUGCCGAUCCUCGGGAAAUGUACUCUUCCCCGACAGCAGUUGGGUUGAUGCUUGCUGUUGGCAACGUCGGCUCAGAGCUGACUACCUUUGGUGAAGCCAAUACUUUCAUGACGACCGACGCAGGUAUCACGUGGAAGGAGAUUAAGAAGGGUACCUAUGCCUGGGAGUUUGGUGACCAAGGUUCCGUCAUCGUCAUCGUCCGCCGCGGAGAAGACACGGACCACGUCUACUACUCUCUCGACAGCGGCUCAAAGUGGAACCUCUACCAGUUUUCCGACCACAAGAUGCGCGUUGAAGCUAUCACCACUGUGCCCAGCGACACUUCUCUGAACUUCCUCCUCUGGGGUAAGGAUAGCAAGGAACUUGUUGCUGUUAAUCUUGACUUCUCCGGUCUACCUGAAUUUAGCGAGCCCUGCAAGCUCAACGAGAAUGAUCCCACCGGCGGUGAUUACGACCUCUGGAGCCCACAACACCCUCUUCAGCAAGAGGAGCCCCAGUGCCUCUUCGGUCACGUAGCGCAGUACCACCGCAAGAAGAGGGACGCAAAGUGCAGGAACGCCCAGCGCAUCGAUCAAAUGCACGACAUUGCCCGAAACUGCUCCUGCACCAGACGGGACUUUGAAUGUGCAUACAACUACGAGCGUGACGCAAGCGGCGACUGUAAGCCCGUCGCUGGCCUCACACUCCCCGAGGCCUCUGCCGUUUGCAAAGACAAGAAUGUGAAAGAAUACUACACUGACGUACGAUUCCGUAAAAUCCCCCUUUCCACUUGUGAAGGCGGCCGAGAGCUCGACAAGACGGGUGACGUACAUCCUUGCCCUGGCUUCGAAGAGGACUUCCAGAAGAAACACGGCAUCGGCGGCUUCUCCCUCUUCUUGGCUAUUGUACUUCCUUUUGCUGCGGCGGGUGGUAUCGGAUACUAUGUGUGGAAGCACUGGGAUGGCAAAUUCGGUCGUAUCCGCCUGGGCGACGGAAGUGGAAGUGGAGCCUUCGACUCGGAUGCACCGUGGGUCAAAUGGCCCAUCGUCGCUGUCUCUGGCCUUGUGGCUGUCAUCAGUGCACUGCCUCUACUCGUAGGCAGCGUGUACAGAUGGGCUGCUGGCCGAAUGGGUGGUGGAGGUGGCUAUGGAGGUUACGGCAGGACGUAUACUUCUAGAAGCAGUUUUGCGCGCGGCAGGGGAGAUUACGCGGUUGUGGACCCUGAUGAAGGGGAACUGCUGGGCGAUGACAGUGAUGAGGAGGUAUAA